ACAUAAUGUAAACAAACAGUGGCAUGUCAAAAAAAUUUCCAAUUGAAAAUUUAAUUAUUAAUUUACAAAAUAAAUAUGGUAAAUCAAUGUUGUGCAAUUGGUUGUGGUAAAAAACAAUCAAAAGGAACCACAAUACUCAAGGCUUUUCCUAGAGAUCCAGAUCGUCGUCAAAAAUGGGCUACUGCUGCUGGUGUGAGCCAAAUAAAACCAAGCUUAAGGUUAUGUGAGCUCCAUUUUGAUGCAUCUCAAUAUGAACAACACCGUCAGGAUGGCUUAAAAAAAUUAAAACCAAAUGCAGUGCCAACUUUAUUUGGUGAUGUUUUGACAGAUUAUUUGAGUAAAGACCACCAAGAUAAAAGUAACACCAUACAUGAUGCUAGUUGGACUUCAUGUGAAUCACUCAACCAGUUGUCAACAAUGGACUUAGAUGAAUCUUUAUCCAGUUCCUUGCCUAAUGUGAGUGAUGUAAUCAUAGAUGAAUGUACCACUGACAACCCAACGAGUUUAUCCGAGUUACCAAAGUCUGAUAAUACCAAAUCUGUACCAAGUGAUGAGCAGCAGAUUGAAUUGCCACUUAUAAACUUGGAUAAGGAACAUUCAGUAUCAAUUUUUACUCAUAAUGUUUAUCCUGAUACUUUAAAUAGUGUUUCAUCAAUUCCUGCUGAUGAAUUACAUGCAGAAUUAAUCAACAAAUAUAAGCAAGAAGUUAUUAAAUUGAAUUUAAUGCUUCAAGAUCAACAUCGUCUUCAUCAACAUGAAAUUUCGAGCUUAAGCAAGGAAGUAGAAAGCUUAAAAAAAAUAAAUAUUAGAUUGGAAGGUGAAUUGCGAGUUGAACAAGAAAAAAGAAUAAAGUCAGAAUAACAACGAGAAAAAAUUGAAAAUAAAUUAAACAGGCUUUUUAAUGUAUUUGAUAACAGUUCAUUUUUGAAAAAUCUUUUAAUUGAGUUAUCCAACGACAAUAAACGGUACUGGAGCCCACAGUUAGUCAAGUCAGCUUGAUAUUUUUCGAAGAGAACAUUUGUGUAGAAAUUGCAUUGAUAAUCUGAUAAGUAAUGAUGAUGGAAUUAAUUUUAUGUUGUACACAAAACUCUUAAAUCAAGGUUCAUUGCAUCAAGCAAAAGCAAAAAUUGUUGAAUAUAUUUUUUCAGUAGAGUUACAGCUGCAAUAUCAUUUGCAUACUUGUUUGAGAUUUGCAUCCUCUUCUAGAACAUCAUUUAAAGUACAUCGUUCAUCAAUAUGCUCCUUAUCCUUUUCAAAAAUGUAAAUCUUGUAAUUCUAUUGAUUUACUCGUGAAUCGAUAUAUUCAUUUACGAGUAAUGACUCAUGUAAAUCAAUUAAAAUUAAGAGAAAAAGAAAAAAAAAAGAAAAAAUCUGAUGACUCUUUUGCUUCAAAAAGCUC